AGGGUGGGGAGGCGGCUGAGCUGAAACAGAAAGUAAAGUUGUUGUUUUGUUCAGGAUCCAUUUUGAGACGACAGAGCAGAAAAUACUAUAUGGAGAUUAUUGAAAAAUAAAGGGUCAGUGCUCUAAAAUGAGUCUCUCCGGGAAGAGAGAGGAGGGGGGCCCUGCCUCUAAAAUUAAUCUCUCUGAGGGACAUGACACCAAAGCUAAGAGAAACCAACAGGAGAGAUCAGAGUCAGGGAUUCUCAGUGGUCAGUCUUCCCAGAGUCAUCAAACAGACCUGGCCUCCAUAUUCAGUUUGCUUGAAGAGAAAAUUAUGACAUUUGUGAAGAACGAGCUGAAGAUGUUCAAGAGGAUUCUUAGUCCAGAACUCCCAGAAGGCUUUGAGAGUCAGAAGCAGGAAGUGGUGGACCCUGAAGAUGAGCAGCAGGAGAGCAGUGCCAGAGAGGGGGCUCUGAAGAUCACACUGCACAUCCUGAGGAAAAUGAACCAGAAGGAGCUUGCUGACACACUGGAGAAAUAUUCAGAUGAUCUCGCUGUGAUUUGCCAACGUGAACUCAAAUCUAAUCUAAAGAAGAAGUUUCAAUGUGUAUUUGAGGGGAUCGCUAAACAAGGAAACCCAACACUUCUCAAUAAGAUCUACACAGAGCUCUACAUGACAGAGGGUGGAACAGGAGAGGUCAAUAAUGAACAUGAGCUGAGACAGAUUGAGACAACAACCAGGAAACAAGCAAGACCAGAGACUGCAAUCAAAUGUAACGACAUCUUCAAACCCUUAACUGGACAAGACAAACUUAUCAGAACUGUGCUGACAAAGGGAGUCGCUGGCAUUGGAAAAACAGUCUCUGUGCAGAAGUUCAUUCUGGACUGGGCUGAAGGAAAAGCAAAUCAGGACGUCCAAUUUGUAUUUUCAUUCCCUUUUCGGGAGCUGAAUUUGAUGAAAGAGGAGAAACACACUUUCAUUGAACUUCUUAAUCACUUCUCAAUGGAAACCAAACAAUCAGGAAUCUCCAUCUACAACAAGUACAAAGUUCUGUUCAUCUUUGAUGGUCUGGAUGAGUGCCGACUGCCCCUAGACUUCCAGAAGAACAAGAUCUGUUGGGACGUCACAGAGUCAACCUCAGUGGAUGUUCUGCUGACAAAUCUCAUCAGGGGAAAUCUGCUUCCCUCUGCUCUCCUCUGGAUAACUACCCGACCUGCAGCAGCCAAUAAGAUCCCUUCAGUGUGUGUUGACCAGGUGACAGAGGUACGAGGGUUCAGUGACCCACAGAAGGAGGAAUACUUCUGGAAGAGAUUCAGUGAUGAGGACCUGGCCAGCAGAAUCAUCUCACACAUAAAGACAUCAAGGAGCCUCCACAUCAUGUGCCACAUUCCAGUCUUCUGUUGGAUUUCUGCAACAGUCCUUGAACACAUGCUGAAACAUAAGAGAGAAGAGAUGCCCAAGACCUUGACUGAGAUGUACACACACCUUGUUGUGUUUCAUACCAAACAGAGGAAUGAAAAGUAUCUUGGGAAAGAAGAGACAGGUCCACACUGGAAUAAAGAGAGCAUUCUGUCACUGGGAAAACUGGCUUUUCAACAGCUUGUGAAUGGCAAUCUGAUUUUCUAUGAAGAAGACCUGAAAGAGUCUGGCAUUGAUGUCAAUGAAGCCUCAGUGUACUCAGGAUUGUGCACACAGCUCUUUAAAGAGGAAUGUGGGCCGUACCCAGACAAGGUGUACUGCUUUGUUCAUCUGAGCAUUCAGGAGUUUCUGGCUGCUGUAUAUGUGUUCCUCUCAUUCAUCAACAACAAUGAGAAUCUAAUGGAUGAACUGCAAACAAAAGACGAGCCUGAAGUUACUUUCUACAAGAGUGCUGUGGAUAAAGCCUUACAAAGUGAGACAGGAAACCUGGACCUUUUCCUCCGCUUCCUUCUGGGCCUCUCACUGGAGUCCAAUCAGAAGCACUUACAAGGUCUACUGACAAAGACAAGAAGCAGCUCACAGAGCCAUGAAGAAACAGUCAAGUACAUCAAGGAGAAGAUCAGGGAGAAUCUCUCUCCAGAGAGGAGCAUCAAUCUGUUCCACUGUCUGAAUGAACUGAAUGACCAUUCUCUAGUGGAGGAGAUCCAAAGCUACCUGAGAUCAGGAAGUCUCUCAGAAGAUGAACUGUCACCUGCACAGUGGUCAGCUCUGGUCUUUGUGUUGCUGACUUCAGAAAAGGAGCUGGAUGUGUUUGACCUGAAGAAAUUCUCUAGAUCAGAGGAAGGUCUUCUGAGGCUGCUGCCAGUGGUCAAAGCCUCCAGAGCUGCUCUGCUGUCAGGCUGUGGAGUCACAGAGGAAGGCUGUGCUUCUCUGGUGUCCUUCAUUCACAAACCCUUGUUCUCCAUCAAACUCAGGUCCCCCAUCCAUAGCCCGGUAUUCUCCAUCAAACACAGGGUUGUCACUGAUGCCACUGUGCUGUCCGUACAGAUGCACACAUAG